AUUUGCCGACAGCGCGAACGCGACGAGCAUUUUUGUGCGUGUUUAUAAACGUUUUGAAGUGAAUUUUCCAAAGGAAAUAGCUGAAAAAUACCGAAAUGGAUUCGGAUUUAUACGAUGAGUUCGGUAACUACAUUGGUCCGGACUUGGAAAGUGAUGAAGAGGACGACCAAAGUUUGUACGGCCAACCGGACCAGCAGGAUGAUCUUGAUUUGGAUGAAACGGGCGAAGAGGAAGCAGAGCAAAGUGAGGAAACGGUAAACUCUCGGGCAGUGGUCCUCCAUGAGGAUAAACGCUAUUACCCGUCGGCACUGGAGGUGUACGGGGCGGAUGUGGAAACCAUAGUCCAAGAAAAGGAUGCACAACCACUGGACAAACCCCUGAUCGAACCCGUACGGCGGAUGAAGUUCCAGAUUAAAGAGCAGGAUCUACCGGAAACUAGUUACGAUAUGGAGUUUUUAGCAGAUAUGAUGGAUACUCCUUCGCUUAUUAGAAACGUAGCUCUGGUAGGGCACUUACAUCAUGGCAAGACAACAUUCGUGGAUUGUUUAGUCCGUCAGACUCAUCCACAGUUCCAAAGUAUGGACGAACGAAACUUACGAUACACGGAUACGCUUUUCACGGAACAGGAACGUGGUGUAAGCAUCAAGGCUACCCCGAUCACAUUGAUACUGCCAGAUGUGAAGAGCAAAAGUUUUUUGGUCAAUAUUUUCGAUACACCUGGACAUGUUAAUUUCUCUGAUGAGGUUACGGCUGCUAUGCGACUUUGCGAUGGUGUUGUGCUAUUUGUGGAUGCAGCAGAAGGAGUUUCGCUAAAUACGGAAAGGCUGUUGAAACAUGCACUGCAGGAAAAGUUAGCCAUUACCGUGUGCAUCAACAAAAUCGAUAGAUUGAUACUUGAGUUGAAGUUGCCUCCCCAAGAUGCCUAUUUCAAGCUGAAACAUAUUGUGGAGGAAAUCAACGGCUUGCUGACGCUUUACGGAGACGCAGAUGUUAAACAGGUCUCACCGAUUUUGGGUAACGUUUGCUUUGCAAGUUCCCUUUAUGGCUUUUGCUUCACUUUGAAGUCGUUUGCUCGGCUCUACUCGGACACAUACGACGGUGUCGAUCCAGGAGAGUUUGCUCGGCGGCUGUGGGGCGAUAUGUACUUCCACAAUAAAUCGCGAAAAUUCACCAAAAAACCACCACACAGCUCGGCACAUCGAAGUUUUGUAGAAUUUAUUCUGGAACCUCUUUACAAGCUGUUUGCCCAAGUUGUGGGAGACGUGGAUUCGACAUUGGUUGAUACAUUGGCCGAGUUGAACAUUCGAGUCACGAAAGAGGAAAUGAAGUGCAACAUUCGACCCUUGUUGCGUCUGAUUUGCAGUCGGUUCAUUGGAGAUUUUUGUGGCUUUGUAGACAUGUGCGUAGAGCACGUACAGUCUCCGUUAGAAAAUGCCCAGAACAAAAUCGAUCACAUCUAUACUGGGGUGAAGGAAAGUGGAAUCUACCAGGAUAUGUUGAACUGUGAUCAAAACGCACAGCUCAUGGUACACAGCUCAAAAAUGUACCCUACGGAAGAUUGCACUUUCUUCCAGGUUUUGGCAAGAGUUAUGAGUGGAACACUGCAUUCAGGACAGGAAGUUCGAGUGCUAGGUGAGAAUUAUUCGCUCGUCGAUGAAGAAGAUUCCAGAACACUACAAGUAGGGCGAUUAUGGAUUUACGAGGCAAGAUAUAAGGUCGAGCUGAAUCGAGUGCCGGCAGGCAAUUGGGUUUUAAUCGAAGGUAUUGACCAAUGUAUUGUCAAAACUUCUACUAUUACCGACGUCAACAUGAACGAGGACGUUUUUAUAUUCAGACCACUGAAAUACAACACACAGAGCAUUAUUAAAAUUGCAGUUGAACCGGUUAAUCCAUCAGAACUUCCUAAAAUGUUAGAUGGUUUACGGAAAGUCAACAAAUCCUACCCGCUUCUAUCUACAAGGGUUGAAGAAUCGGGAGAACAUGUGAUUCUAGGAACCGGAGAGCUUUACCUGGAUUGUGUGAUGCACGAUUUACGCAAAAUGUACUCGGAAAUUGACAUUAAAGUAGCUGAUCCUGUUGUAGCGUUCUGCGAAAGUGUGGUCGAAACAAGUUCCCUUAAAUGUUUUGCUGAAACACCCAACAAAAAGAAUAAAAUUACGAUGAUCGCCGAGCCACUUGAAAAAGGUUUAGCUGAGGACAUUGAAAAUGAAACCGUAUCCAUCGGCUGGAAUAAGAAAAAGUUAGGAGAAUUCUUCCAGGUCAAUUACGACUGGGAUUUGCUAGCAGCUCGUUCAAUUUGGGCAUUCGGUCCGGACAAUACCGGUCCAAAUAUCCUCGUAGACGAUACACUUCCAUUUGAAGUUGACAAGACUCUACUAGGAGCAGUGAAAGACUCCAUCGUUCAAGGUUUCCAGUGGGGUACCAGAGAAGGCCCACUUUGCGAAGAACCAAUUCGUAAUGUCAAGUUCAAAAUCCUUGAUGCGGUAAUCGCACAAGAACCCUUACAUCGUGGAGGUGGUCAAAUCAUUCCAACUGCUAGGAGAGUAGCCUAUUCUGCCUUCCUCAUGGCCACUCCUCGUCUCAUGGAACCGUACCUAUUUGUCGAAGUGCAAGCCCCGGCCGAUUGUGUUUCAUCAGUGUAUACAGUGCUGGCACGAAGGCGUGGUCAUGUAACCCAAGAUGCACCUGUACCAGGUUCUCCAUUGUAUACCAUCAAAGCAUUUAUACCUGCGAUUGACUCCUUCGGGUUCGAAACUGAUCUGCGAACACACACCCAAGGCCAGGCAUUCUGUCUCUCAGUGUUCCACCACUGGCAAAUUGUACCCGGUGAUCCACUCGACAAGAGCAUCGUCAUUCGACCGCUGGAACCACAACCAGCCACCCAUUUGGCGCGUGAAUUCAUGAUCAAAACCCGUCGCCGGAAGGGUCUCUCCGAGGACGUUUCCAUCAACAAGUUCUUCGACGAUCCUAUGUUGCUGGAGCUCGCCCGACAGGAUGUGCUGCUGAAUUAUCCAAUCUAAGUGACUAUCCUCUAAGUAAUUUCUCAAUCAUUGCAAACAAACGAAACCAUCGUGUGGAAUGUGAA